AUGCGCAGUACAAUAACAACACUUGGUCAUUCAAAGAAUGUUUCUCCUCUCCUCUACUUCAACUUGAAAUCCAUCAUGACGUUGAAUCCAAAUACUUUGGUCAUGAUGAAACAACCAACUCAACAACACAAGUUGUAUCAUUUCAAUACCAUUCAGUCCAAUCCAUCCUCUACUUCCUCUUCUUCUUCCACCACAACUCUCUCUGAAAUGCCAACUGUCAACUCGACCACCAUUCCCUCAACAACAACAACCCAUGAAAAACCUCUCUUCACCAAAGAAAUGGUUCUCCAUCACUAUGAACAUCAUCACGUUCCACUUGCUCAUUCCAAAUUCCACUCCUACGGUACUGAACCCUACACUCAAGUCGCUCCUCUCGAUUCCUAUCAAGUCAAACGUUCGUAUGAACCUCAAGAUCUCACCGACAAGUUUGCUCUUUCCAUGAUGAAAUCUCUUCGUGUGUUGGUUCAUGCCUUUUUUGGAGAUCGUUAUUUACAUCAUUCAGUUGUCUUGGAAACUGUAGCUUCCGUUCCAGGAAUGGUUGCAGCUGGUUUGAGACAUUUUUCAUCAUUACGUAACAUGAGACGAGAUCAUGGAAAUAUCGGAGUGUUAUUAGAAGAAGCUGAAAAUGAAAGAAUGCAUUUAUUGACUUGGAUGUGUUUGACACGUCCUACUUUUUUGGAACGAUUAUUGGUCAUGGGUGCUCAAAUUGGAUUUACUUCGUUUUAUACAUUGGCCUAUGUCAUUCAUCCAAGAUUUUGUCAUCGUCUUGUUGGAUAUUUAGAAGAAGAAGCAGUGAAUGCUUAUACUGAAUUUUUAGAAGCGAUUGAUAAGGGACAAAUUCCAAAUACACCUGCUCCUGAAAUUGCAUUGAAAUAUUGGAAUUUACCUCCUGGAUCGACCAUGAGAGAUGUCGUGUUGGUCAUUCGUGGCGAUGAAUGCAUGCAUAGAGACUAUAAUCAUGAUAUGAGUGACAAGCAUCGAGUUGGAUUAUUGAUUUAA